ACUAGUGAGUCAAAACAAGGUAGAAAUUUUUGUUUAUUUUCAAUAUUUUUGGAGCAUUGAACUUUAUUUUCUGGUGUUUAGAACUUCCUAUGCUGCACAGUGUGCUGCACACAAUUACUAACUGAAUGGUAGUAGUUUGAUUUAGCACAGCGACAAUGGGUAAGGUAUUUUUGGAAAAUAUGGGGGGAACUCGUCUCUUUGCCUGUGCAAGAUGUGACACAAUUGUAACCAAUGGAGCAGAAUUGAUUAGUACAAGAUUCAUGGCAGCUACAGGGAGAGCCUUUUUGUUUAACAAAGUGGUCAACCUUGUCUAUAGCAAAAAGGUACAGGAUAAAGUUAUGCUUACUGGACAUCAUAAGAUUCGAGAAGUUUCCUGUAAAUCCUGCGAAUAUAAGCUGGGCUGGAUGUACGAAUUUUCAACUCAAGAGGAUCAAAAAUACAAAGAGGGACUGGUUAUUCUAGAAAGGGCACUUGUAACUGAGAGUGAGGGUAUGGAGGAACAAUCCUUUUUUCACGGAAGAGAAAAAAAAUAAAUAGAUUUUAAGGGGCGGUUGUUAAUGCAGCUUGAAUAGUUAUCAGUCUUUUAUGUAUGAAAUUGUGUAUUGAAAAUUUGAGGGAGGUAUCAGAAUGAUUGAUGAGGGAUUUUGUGGGGUGCAUUGUGCAUUAGGGGUAUGAGCAGGUAGGUUAGGUAGAUACUUUCUAUUAUGAUUUUUUAAGAUGUUGCUUCUUUUUACCUAUAGGAGGUACCUACAUACAUACAUUUUGAAAAAAUAAUAUAUUUUUAAGAAUAGGAUAAGUACCUAAGGUUCAUUUCACGAAGGAUUGUACUUGUGACAUCCAUGAUGUCAUAACGUGGAAAAAAAGGUUUGUCCUAGAUUAAUUCAUAUAUUUUUAUUUAUUACACAUGCAUCAUAAUCAACUAUUAUCGCACGCUGAUAAAAUGAUGUUUAUGAUGCACCUACCCUUUCAAAGGUUUGCUAUAGAAACGUUUGAUCUACCUUUAUUUCCUAGAUAUUUACCUGCCGUUCAAAUUACUAUUUAUCAAAAUGAAUGAACACAUUUAAGACAUUUUUGAGAUUAUGAUGCAUUCGUAAUAAAAAAUAGCGUAUGAUAUGCGUGCAUUUGCAUGCAUGCAUUUGCAUGCAUGCAUUUAAAGCCCUUGCGAUUUACAAAACAUUCCGCUGCCCGUCGUGUUUUGAAAUAUGUCGCGCGUGCUUUAAUGGCACUCUUAUACACUUAUAUCAUAAUAUACUAUUAUUUAUGCGUUUUUUGAAACAAUCAAUUUUUUUGACAAAUUUAUUGAAUGGCGCCUGGUUCUAAAAAUCGACGAACGAAUGUUUUUGACGUCAUUAAUUUGUUCCAGUCAAAUUUUAUUUGUUGAAAAAUGAAGGUAAAAGUACAAACCCUCGUGAAACAAACAGUACCUAUGUAAUCUCAAGUACCAUACCUAGAUAAAUUUUUAGUUUCUUUUAUAAUAAAGAAUAUAAUUUAGCUUUGAUAUUUUACAAAUAAAUUUUAUUCUGCCUUAUAUUUACAUCAUUACCUGUUGGAUAAUGGAUUAUAAACCUUAUAAUUUGCUCUAACCUUUUAAAACUAAACAAGAUAUGUAUUAUGUAUUUUGUUAACAAUGUUUUUCUAUGUUGCAUUUUUAUUUUAUUUUUAGAUUUCUACUAUUUUUGUAAUUCUAACUCUCUUAUCAAAAAAAGGACUGGUCUAGUUUUAUGUAUAAUAUAAAAUAUAAUCAUAUGUAAGGAGUAGUCUAGUAAGUAUAUAAUAAUUUUGUAUGUUUUUGAUUGUACAACUUAAAAAAAAAGAAACACGUUUUUACUCUGCAAUAAAAUACGUAAUCAUGUUGUUUAA